CUGGGAAAGGCACGAGACAGCAGCGCGUGCAGACAGGAGCAGAAGCAGCAGUGCUGAGAUAAAAACAGACAGAGGUGGUAGCACUGGAUCACUAACGCAAGGACGGCAAGAUGCUGAACACAGCCUUCUUGUGUAUUUGUGCAGUCGCCACCAGUCAGUUUCUCGGAGCAGCGAGUAGGUCGGACAACGGUAAUUUUCUGGAUGAUAAAUGGCUCACUGGACACUGGGACCAAUUUCGAGACGAAGUUGAGGAGCCUGGAACGUGGAACCCUGGAAAACCUUUUGAUCAAGGUUUGGACCCUGCCAAAGAUCCCUGUCUAAAAGUCAAAUGUAGCCGUCACAAGGUGUGUGUUGCCCAUGACUACCAGAAAGCAAGUUGUAUUAGUGAAAGAAGGAUGACAGAAAGUAUGAAAGAAAUUGGCCUCACCCAAAAGCCAGGGUCUAGUUCCUCGAAAUGCAAGCAAUGUUCUGUCUUCCAUCCUGCCCCUGUCUGUGGAACUGAUGGACAUACAUACUCCAUUAAGUGCAAACUAGAGUACCAAACAUGCAUUACGGGCAAACAAAUCACAGUAAAGUGUAACGGACAGUGCCCGUGCCUUUCCAAUAAAUCUAAGAGUAAAGAAGAAAAUAAAGUUUGCAGUGACGUGGAACUCAGGGAAGUGGUGAACAGAUUGAGGGACUGGUUCAAGGUGCUGCACGAUAAUGGAAACCAGAACAAGAAAACCAGAAUAAUUCAGAGACCAGAACGAACUCGGUUUGAUACAAGCAUCUUGCCUAUUUGUAAGGACUCUCUUGGAUGGAUGUUUAACAGACUGGACACAAACUAUGACCUGCUGUUGGAUCAGUCAGAGCUUGGAAGCCUUUACCUUGACAAGAAUGAGCACUGCACAAAAUCAUUCUUUAACUCUUGUGACACAUACAGAGAUGGCUUGAUUUCCAACAAUGAAUGGUGUUACUGCUUUCAGAGGCAGCAAGACCCUCCAUGCCAGACAGAACUCACCAAUAUUCAGAAGCAGCAAGCAGGGAAGAAACUCCUAGGGUUGUAUAUCCCAUCCUGUGAUGAGGAUGGAUAUUAUAAACCUAACCAGUGCCAUGGAAGUGUGGGGCAGUGUUGGUGUGUUGACAGAUAUGGAAAUGAAGUAACAGGAUCCAAAACACAUGGAGAUGCAGACUGUGAGCUGGAGACCUCCAGUGACUUUGGAAGUGGUGAUUUCCGUGACUUCUCCGAUGAUGAGGGUGGUGAGGAUGGUGUGAUUAACGAUGAAGAUGAAAUUGAAGAUGACGAUGAAGAUGAGGGUGAUGAUGAAGAUGAUGAUGAUGGAGGAUACAUAUCAUAGUCCUUGCACUUGAUAAACUCUUCUAAUUGCACGUUUCAAAGGUGACAUCCCAUGCAGCUUACUUAACAUACUAACAUCCCAAGGAUUCUUCUACUCAACAUGUAUAAUUUAACUUCCAGUAUUUCCAACAAAGGCACUGAAAUGCCAACAAAGGCAUUUUUUCAUUUCUAUGAAAGUGUGAGUGUUUACAUGUGGUUGUGCUUUUUCAAGUUGCGAAAACAAACGGGAUGGCCAAAUGAGUUGGGACUCAGAAAAAAGAAAAAGGGGUGAGAAUGAAAAACAACACUUCAUAUGAAACAGCAACACAAAAACAGAAUAGAAUUCAUUGUUUUUUUUUUUGUUUGUUUUUUUUAGCAUGCAAUUACUUUCACGUCUUUUGACGCAGUCCAUCCCUGCUCUAUAAGCAUCCUUAAUACUUUUUAUCAGCCUUACAAAUGCCUUCAUAAUACAAAAUGUGUAUCCUUUGUUUACCAUGCAUUGUCCUUCAAGUCUUAAUUAUUGUGUGGUUACCCACUUAAGGGUAUUUUGGAAGAAGUCAUAGGACACUUAUCAAAGUUCAUGUAAUCUAUCCUGCAUUUAAAGAGGAUUGUGAAAUGGGUAAUACUUUUAAACACCAUGUACUUGGUAUGUAAUCAAAACAACUGACAGAAAGGCAUUCUCUUUUCAAAUGGAAGACCAACCCUGCAGUCAGUAUGAAGUAUAAUACAUUAGUUAUGUUAUUAAAAUAAACAGCAUGAAACAGGUUACUACUUCAGUAUAUGAUACUGUUUGUUUAUUGCUUGUGUUAUUUUUAUUUGCCUGUAUCCCUCAUAUCUGUGGCAUUCUGUGUAGUAAUAUUUUCUAUAGAGUUUAAACACAAAUAUGCAUAUAUUAAAAUAAAAGUGAUUAAGGUAAAUAAACUUUUCAGUUAGUUUAGAAAUGUUAAUUAUAAAUUGUUAGACCCAAUAAAAACAACAGAGUUGCCCUUGUUUUGUUUUAAAAAAAAAUCUAUAUAUAUUCUAUCCUAGGUAUAUAAUUUGAGACUAUAAUAUAAGAUGCCUUUCAUGAUGAGAAUUAGGAAGGUAUUAGCAUGCAUAAUAAAUCUAGAAUUUAGACAGUAGCUAAGCACACGCUCUGUUUAAAGAAGUUCUAAUUUAUACACUUACAGCUGCUGGAAUAAAGAAAAUUAUUAUUUUUAAUUGUUACAUUGAUUAUCUCGUUGGUUAUUAUUAUACAAUUGUUGUGUAGCAGUAGCUCCUAUAAUUUAACUAUAUAUAGGAAAUUACUUUAAUCACAGUUAUUUGUUUUCUUUUUAUCAGCAUGUUAAUUGAUUGUAAAAACAUGGGAACUCCACUGCCUAAGUCUUUGGGCUUUGUGCCCACGUUUGAAUUUAUCAACUUGUGUAUCCUUACAUAAUUGGCUG